AUGACCAACCAUAAUGAAGGGGGGGAUCAUUAUUAUGGCAUGACGCCUUCUCUCCCGCCAUACAAAAGCCGGAAAAGCGCGUUUUAUGUAAUUGACUUUAACUGCGUAUUGAGCCAUUUACUUCCUAUUGCUAAUUCUCAUCCUGUGCCUGCCUUUGUCGCGACUUGCCAAUGGAGCUACCACGGGGAUAGACUACGCGUCCCCCAGAAAGUCCAUUGUAGAAUCUUCGAAUGUGAAAUCGCUGAAAUCAGUGAAGAAAAGGUCGCUCGGCAUCCCCGUGGCGCCCAUGUCGAACAAUGGCCCUUGGGGUUCCCGUGGCACAUCCCCAACUUCCCCAGCUUUAGCCAGUUCAAGAUCUACAGCAUCCUCCUCGAUCCGUUUGGACCACUCAGUGCCAUUAUCAGCCAGGCUCUCCUUGCCGUACUGCGCAGCGAAUUCGAAGAGUCGCUUCUGAAGCCCGCUGGCAACGCGGCGCAAUGGAUGUGUAGAUAUGAGGCGGAUGCUGGUCAAAGCUGA